UCUCUCUCUCUCUCUCUCUCUCUCUCUCUGGAAACAGUUUGUAACCUUUAUUUUCUAUUACUUCAUCUGCUUAUAGAAAUAUUAUAUUGAGUUCAUGGCGAUCACAACUCAUAAACUCUUCUUAUCCCCGCCCUCUCCAUCUCUACUCCCCUCAAAUUUCCAAAGAAUCCUCUUUUCCACUUCCCCGCAAGGAAAAUUUUGUGGUAAGAGGAGGUUCGUAGCCUCUCUCGUUUCCACUCUACCCAAUGCAGGGGCAAAGCCCUCACCAACAUCAUCAUUUGAGGAGCUGAUCGAGUCGCUGAUAAACCGGAUCGAUCUAUCGGAAGAGGAAGCAGAGGCGUCGCUCGAGCUCCUUCUUCGAGAAGCGAAUGAGGCCCUCAUCAGCGCCUUCUUAGUACUCCUGAGGGCCAAAGGAGAGACCUUUGAGGAGAUUGUAGGAUUGGCGAGGGCGAUGAUGAAAUGCUGCGUGAGAGUGGAGGGCGUAGACGACGCGGUCGACAUUGUUGGGACCGGUGGCGAUGGCGCGAACACGGUGAACAUCUCGACCGGCGCUGCCAUUUUGGCUGCCGCGGCCGGCGCGAGAGUUGCAAAGCAAGGGAGCAGGUCGAGCUCUUCUGCGUGCGGAAGCGCAGAUGUGUUGGAAGAAUUAGGAGUGAACAUCCAAUUGGGCCCUGAGGAGAUGAAAAGGUGUUUGAAGGAGGCGAGCAUCGGAUUCAUGAUGGCUUCCAAUUACCACCCGGCAAUGAAAAUAGUUCGUCCUGUGAGGAAGAAGCUUAAAGUGAAGACCGUGUUUAAUAUUCUAGGUCCCAUGUUGAAUCCAGCAAGGGUGCCUUUUGCUGUCGUCGGUGUUUACAAUGAAGAUAUAGUUAUGAAGAUGGCUAAAGCACUACGAAGGUUCGGCAUGAAAAGAGCGUUAGUUGUUCAUUCGAAGGGUUUGGAUGAAUUAAGCCCUCUUGGACCUGGAUAUUUUCUCGAUGUUACUCCAGCAAAGAUUGAGAAAGUGCACUUUGAUCCAUUGGAUUUUGAUAUUCCUCGCUGCACGAUAGAAAGUCUAAAAGGGGGCGGCCCUACUUUCAAUGCGAAGGUUCUCAGGGAUGUGCUUUCUGGUGAGAAGGGUUCAGUUGCAGAUGCUUUUAUUCUGAACACGGCAGCUUCUCUUCUUGUUAGCGGUCAUGUUAGCGAUUUGGCCGAAGGAGUGGCAAUGGCACGGGAGACACAGCGGUCUGGUAAGGCCAUUAAUACACUGCAAACAUGGAUUGAGCUCUCCAAUGCUCAGAACUACUGAGGUAAAAAGAGGAUGGUUGGUAUGCUCAAAAUAGAACCUUGCCUGUCAAACACAAGGUUUCCGUAAGUUCAAUCAGCAAUUAUCAACCAUUUCGAAAUAAUCGAGCCUGACAUGAAUCAAAAUAAGCCCUUUUUUCCUCUCUUUUUUGAGUUAAUGAUUUGUAUUAGUUGUGUGCCAAUCGAUACAUCGUAGCAUUUAAGGUGAAUGAUAUUGCCUAUUAAUGGAAGAUCUCUGAGCAUGAACUGCAUUUUCUUUUUUA